AUGUCUCGUUUCCUUGCCCGAUCAGGUGAUCGCUGCCUCCCCUUCUUCAGGGCGCUGAAGAACCCGAAGAAUUUUCGAUGGACGACCAAAUGCGAGGAAGCCUUCAAACAGAUGAAGCAACACUUGGCCAGCCUCCCCCGCCUUGCCUCAGUCUCUCCUGGGGAGAGGCUAGGCCUCUACCUGGCUGCCUCCCAGCACGCAGUCAGUUCCGUCCUGGUCAAAGAAAACUCUGGCGAACAACUUCCGGUCUACUAUGUCAACCACGUCCUGAGCGGGCCCGAGGAGCGAUACCCACCGAUUGAAAAAUUGUCACUCACGCUCGUCCUGUCCGUCCGGAAACUACGCCCUUACUUCCAAGCUCACCCAGUGGAGGUCAUCACUGACCAACCACUUCGGCAGAUCUUGUUAAAUUUGAUGUUGCAAGACGCCUUCUCAAGUGGGCGGUGGAGCUCGGCGAGCAUGACAUCCAAUACAUCGCAGACGGGGAUCUCGAGCAACCUCUCGAAGCAUGGGUCCUACACGUGGACGGAUCAGCCAACUCAAAGGGCGCCGGUGCAGGGACUCAGGUUGGCCCUCGAAAUGCAAGUGGCUGCCAUACACGUCCUCACCGACUCGCAACUGGUAGCCGAGCAACUCAGCGGCGGAUACGAGGCUCGGGACCCAACCAUGGCAAAGUACCUAGCACAGGUAAGGAACUUGACCACCAAAUUCCCUCAUUUUACAUUAUCUAAUGUUCCGAGGGAAGAGAACGAGCGAGCCGAAGCGCUAGCCAAGCUGGCAUCAAGGCCAGCCCCCGAAGCCCGGCCCGAGGUCGAGGAGCUCCCUGCCCGUGCCAUCGAAAUCGCAGUUGCGGCCUCAGGAAGCGCGCCGACCACAUGGGUACAGGAGCUGCUACGCUUUAAGCGGGACGGGAUCCUUCCUCCCGACGAGGUUGCGGUUCGGCGCCUGCGUCGUACGCAUGCGUGGUACUCCGAGUGGGGUUUGGACCUACUCGGACCCUUCCCGCCAGCCUCGGGACAGCGGAAGUACAUCAUCGUGGGGGUGGAUUAUUUCACAAAGUGGGUUGAGGUCGAGCCGUUGGCGACAAUCAUGGAGCAUCAAAUUGAAAGAUUCGUGUGGAGGAACCUAGUAACUUGGUUCGGUUUGCCCAAAACCAUCAUUACAGAUAACGGGCCUCAGUUCGCAGGUAGAAGGUUCCGGGAGUUCUGUACCAGCCACGGCAUCCAGCUAAGGUUUAGCUCGGUGGCUUACCCUUAG